AUGGGUAGUCCCUCAAAGUCAGAAGCCUCCAAUUCUGAUUGCCAUCGGGAAAUACUAAAGGAAACUAGUAAUCAGGACUGCACUGACAAAGUAGUUGUUGAAGAAACAUUCAUCGGUCAAAUUGAAAAACUCUCCUCCGUUAAGGAAACGCAGAGAUGUAUCGAUCACAAAGAUGGAAUCCACAACUAUGAAGACUUCGAUCCCUCCAAGGAGUCCUUUGAUCCUGUGAAAGAUGCCUGCUGGCGACUCAAUGAACCCGUCCCUUAUAUUGCAUUUGCAAAGACGCUUGAGUGCAUUGAAGGCAUUUCGAGUCGCCUCAAGAUAAUCGAAGUUUUGUCAAAUUUUUACCGUUCCGUGGGUGUUCUCUCCCCUAAGGAGCUGCCUAUUUGCAUUUAUAUGUCUAUCAAUCGGCUUGGUCCCUCCUAUGAGGGUUUAGAGCUGGGCAUCGGUGAAAGCCUUCUCAUCAAAGCGCUCACUCUUACUACAGGUAACACAGCCCACAUUCUCCAAGUUUCUUUAGGUGCUAGUAAUAUUCGGAUCAAAUCGGAACUCAACCGCCUUGGCGACCUUGGAGCCGUGGCUGAGGCUAUUAAAUCGCGCCAGCAGACUAUGUUCAAACCAAAACCAUUAACACUGCAACAGGUGUUUGAACGACUGAAAGAGGUCGCCUUCAUGGUCGGGAAUGCGUCCCAGACAAAGAAGGUGAAGUUAAUUCAGAGUCUUCUGGUUGCAUGUCGUGAAUCCGAGGCGAAGUACCUUAUCCGGAGCCUCCAGGGCAAACUACGCAUCGGUUUGGCUGAACAGUCUGUGCUGGCCGCGUUGGGUCAAGCGGUGGCACUGACUCCUUUCCACUCGGUUCAGGCCCUACUAGCUGACGGCCAGCCUCUAACCGCGAAUGUUUUGAACACCAGUUUGGGGGCAAGAGGCGGCGCGGAAGCCUGGAAAGCCUAUUGCGAAGUGGUGGUGGGGCACGUGAAACAGGCCUACGCACAGUGUCCCAACUAUGAAAAGAUUGUCCACAGCCUUCUGGAGGAUGGACCGGACGAUGUGCACAAGCGGUGCUGCAUCAUCCCGGGUAUUCCUAUUCGACCCAUGCUGGCGCACCCCACCCACGGGGUCACUGAAGUCUUCAAACGCUUUGAUCAGGCCGACUUCACGUGCGAGUACAAGUAUGAUGGAGAGCGCGCCCAAGUUCACCUCUUGCUGGAUGGUAGCGUCCGGGUCUACUCGCGCAACCAGGAGGAUACGACCUCCAAGUACCCGGAUAUCGUGAACAGUCUGGUGGACAGUGUUCUCAAAAAUGCCAAACUAACCGACGAGGCCUGCAAACUGCUCGGCUCCAUCGACACCACGGCUCACGAGGAGAACUCCUCCUUGACUACCUUCAUUUUGGACUCGGAGGCUGUGGCCUGGGAUGUUGAUGCCGCGCAAAUUCUUCCAUUCCAGGUUCUUAGCACGCGAAAGCGCAAGGACGUUCAGGAGGAAGAUGUGAAGGUUCGUGUUUGUAUCUACGCCUUCGACCUGCUCUAUUUGAAUGGGGUAUCUCUCACCGAACAGCCCUUCCGAAAGAGGCGGGAACUCCUAAGACUUGUUUUUCCGACACUUCCCGGAAAAUUUAUGCUUGCCACUUUCCUAGACAGCUCCGACACGGACAAGAUUGCACGCUUUAUGGAUGAAUCGAUCAAAGGCAGACCCAAGAUUUUGCGUCACCAUUAUGUUAGCGGAAAUUGUGAGGGUUUAAUGUUGAAGACACUGGAUAGAGACGCCACCUAUGAAAUUGCCAAACGUUCGCGAAACUGGCUGAAGCUCAAGAAGGACUACCUCGAAGGUGUUGGUGACACCCUCGAUUUAGUCGUAAUUGGUGGUUUCCAUGGCACUGGGAAGCGAACCGGUCGCUACGGUGGCUUCCUACUCGCCUGCUACAACCCGGAUGACGAGGAAUAUCAAACUAUUUGUAAGGUCGGUACCGGUCUGAAAGACGAGGACCUGGCGAAUCUGUCAGACUUUUACAAGGACCAUAUAAUUCCCUCAGCCAAGACCUACUACCAAUACACCAAGAAUCUGGAACCCGACCACUGGUUUGAGCCUGUUCAGGUGUGGGAGGUGAAGGCAGCGGAUAUCAGUAUUUCUCCAGCUCACAAGGCUGCCGCGGGAAUGGCGGACCCAGAAAAGGGCCUCUCUUUGCGCUUCCCGCGUUUCCUGCGCGUUCGUGAGGACAAGAAACCUGAGGAGGCGACCACAGCAGCACAAGUGUACGAGAUGUACCGCGAUCAGGAGCAGAUCAAAAAUGCGGAUAAGCCGGACGAGGCGAAUGAGGAGGGCUUUUAUUAA